AUGGCGCCCUUGCCCUGGGUGCGGUGGAUCACACUGGGACUGGUCUGUCUGGCAGUUGUGGCACUGUUCGUGGGCGAAACGGAAGGCUUCCGGUUGCGGGAACAUGGUCAGGACGAGGGACUUACCGUGUUGAAGCGAAGGCUAACACCGCGCACGAAAGGGGACGCGUUGUGGAGCAGCGUGACACAAAAGCCUUGGUCGGUGAGAGAUGACGAUGAGGACGACGAUGACGAUGGCGAUGAGGAUGAAGACGACGAGGAGGACACGGAAACUGAGGAACAGGCCGCAAUCCGCAAAGCCACCCAGGAGCGGCUGCUGCGUGCCCGGCGUCUAGUGAAAGGCCGCGACACACGGCCCAAACCGGCCGACACCAAGCGUAGAGCGACCGGUGACGUCGUCGACGACGACGAUGAUGAUGACGAGAAGGAGGAGGACGACGACGACGACGACGAUGAAGCCGAGCCAAGGUCUAUUUUUAACCUGUUCGGUUUGCUUGGCUCGAAACAACGAAAAAGUGACGACGAAGGUAACACUAAACCAACGGCAGCGACCGAUGACGCCGGUAACGAUGACGACGACGACGACGACGACGACGAGGACGUUGACGAGAAACCCGUACGCAAGUACUCCGCGAAUGUGAACGAAAAACGGAAAGAGUUUAGGAGCAGCAAACCCACCAAAAAGGAUGGACCCGUGGCGGGACAGGUUAGCAAGGAGGAGCCGGACGCUAGUUGGCUGGAUGAGCUGAAGCAAGCGUUUGAGUCGAUCGUAAAGCUGAAAACAGACAAGGAAGACCGGGAACAGAAGGCGAAGGAGGAACAGGAUGUGGGCGGUUUCGUACGGUGGCUUCAAUCGCUAGCGUCCCGCGAGCCGGCAGCGGAACCAGACACCGAGCCAAAGGAGAAGGAAAACCCGAUCAUUAAUCUGCUCGCCAGCUGGCUACAGUCGGCCGAGGGCGGUGACUCGAACGAGGAGAUCCGCUUCCGUCCCAUCGGUGCGUAUGCCGAUGAUGACGAUGAUGACGAUCCCAGCGACCGCAGGAAGCGUAAACCGCCCACCAAAGCGCCACCCGACUCGAAGCUGGUCCAGCUGCUCAAUCACAGCCCAAUCGCGUCGCUGUUCAGUGCGGAGGACCUGCCGGCCGAGUCACCGAUCGAAACGGGACGCAAGCGUCCGAAGCAACCUGCCCCAGGGGUGCGUGGGCCAGCCCGUGUGGUGAAGCAACGCAUCGCCAUCUCGCCGGAGGACUUCGAGCAGCUGUUGCUGCGUGUGCCUUCCUUCGUGCCGGACUACUCGCUGGUGCAGGGUGCAGAGUGUCGCCGGCAGGGCGAGAUAUUCGAACGACAGCUGCGCGGCAAGCGGCUCUGGGCGCUCCAGAUGAUCGAUGCGAGCGCACGGUUUGCGUCCGGUUUGCUGCGUGGCAAUGCGAACCAGCUCGGCGAUUUUGAUCUCUGCACCGGCAUCGCGACACGGGUGCGUGUGCGCGAGGACGAGCUGGUACGGAUGCGGGGCAAGUACUGUCUAGCGCAUGUGGACGUGGUGGCGGAGGAUGCUGAGCUGCGGCUACCGGUUCAUCUGCUGCAGGGUGGCGGGUUUGUCAAGAGUACGCUCAACGAUCCGGAUCACUUCCUGCCACGGUUUACCACGAUCAACUGGGGCAUCUGUCUGCCGGCGGCGUGCUCGUACGAAGAUGCGGGCAGCAUAGUGCAGCACUUUGUGCGCCCGUACAACUCCACCGGCAUUAAGCUGUUUCUGGAGCUGGAAGAAGCCAACUGUCACGUGCGCCAGGUCCGCACCUGGUCACGGCUGCUGAAAGACCACUGGCAGCUUGUGGCCGUGUUCGCUUUCUACACCUUCGUGGCCGUAGUGACACUGGUCGCGACACUCAACGAUUAUGAAAUCUUCAUCAAGAUUGAACCACCCUCGACGCAGGACUCACCACUCGAUCCGCCCGAGCGACGCACCACCAACAUCUUCCACCAGACGCUGAUGGCGUUCUCGCUGAAGCAAACACUACCCCAGCUGUUCGGUACGGGUGCCGACGAACUGCACCAUCUGCCCUGCCUGCACGGUCUGAAGGCACUCGCCAGUGGUGCACUGUUUCUCGCGCUACGACUCGUACCGCUCGGCUUCCAGCCAUUCACCAACCGGAACGAGUUCACGGACAGCUUCAACGCACCGUGGAGUGUUGCCGUGCGGUUGCUGAUGCUGUACGCGGACGUGUUCCUGGUGGUGAGCGGCUUCCUCGCCGCCUACCAUAUGGUGCGCGAGUAUCGUGAGCGUGCGCGUGUACCCUGGUUCAAGCGCAUCGCGGGCCGUUACCUCAGGCUAGCGUUUCCACUUGUGCCGGUGCUGGUGUUCUAUGCGUGGGUGUGGGAACAUCUCGGCAGUGGACCACAGUGGGGUGAUGUCGUCACCAAGAAUGCGAACCUCUGCAAGCAUGGCUACCUGAGCAAUCUGCUCUUCAUGCACAACUGGUACCCAAUCGAGGAAACUUGUGCACCGCAUACCUUCCAGCUGGCGAUUGAGAUGCAGCUGAGCGUUCUGGCCCCCUUCCUGAUGAUCGUUCUCGUCCGGAGCCCAUUCUACGGUACAUCCGCGUACGUGCUACUGAGUGCACUGUCCACGGCGAUACGGUUCGCCUCUACCACCGAGGAUCGGCUAACACCGUACGUGUUUCAUGGCGUCCGUCUAACGCAGCUGUAUCGCACCCUAAACCUAUCCUUCGCCGAGACACUGCACCGGCUCACACCUUAUCUUGCUGGGUUCGGGCUGGGUUACCUGCUCCAGGAAACGGGCAAACCUCGCCAGGAGCGUGGUGUACGGUACGCUGGCUGGCUUGGUGCUGCCAUCGCGCUGCUGUGGUGCGUCUGCUUCCCGCUCGACAUUGUCCGGAAGGACUUCCGGUACGAGCCCGGCGAUGCGGCCCAGUUUGCUGCACUCGCUCCACUCUCCUGGUCGCUUGGACUCUGCUGGAUCAUCUACUACUGCGUGACGGAAGAGCAGAGUCUCCUUAACCGGCUGCUAAGCUCCCGACCGCUGGUAUGUCUCGGUCGGCUAACCUACUCCCUGACGUUGGUUCAGUUUCUGGUGUUUUUCUACUUCGCCGGCUCAAUACGCGGUAGUGAAGUGUUUAGCUUCACCGGGUACGUGAACCGUACCGAGGUGUGUCUAGCGCUGGUGGCAUCGCUCAUCCUCACGCUGCUGUUCGAUCUGCCCAUCCAGAACGUGAAGCGCCUGCUCGACCAAACCGGUGUGUUUGAUCGUCUUGAAACGCCGGUAACACCGGCACCCGUUACCGAACCUGCACCUGAAGCCCAACCGUUUUCGGGCGACGCGUCCGAACCGGUUGGUGAGCCGGUAAAGGUAGAGCCUGCCCCAGAGCAGUCCGAUUUUGUCAGCCCGUUCGAUGAUCAGGAUGAGGAGGAUAGCGGGAUUUGGCUGCGCAAGCGUACCACCGACACCGCCCGUGAGCCUACCAGCGUCGAUUUUUGGGCUGAUGAAUUGAGGAGCGAAGCUGUGAAGGAAGUAUCAACAGAGGAAGCGGUGGAAGAUGUGGUACCGGAACCGACCGCUACCGAACCGGCGCAGGAAGAAGAAGAGGAGGAGGAAGAGGAGGAGGAGGAAGAAGAGGAGGAGGAGGAAGAGGAGGAGGAAGAGAUCGAUGAGGAGAAGGAAGUGAAGCGGCGACCAGCCACAAACGGUGCGAACUGGUCCCAUUUCUAG